AUGCCGCAGGAGCCUCACAGCAAGAGCAUAUGCACCAGCUCCCAGAACACACACCACUCCCAGAACGAUACGGCCAGCAUUCGCAUCAUCAAACAGCUCAGCGAGUCGCCCAACGAGGGCACCGUUCUGAUAGAUGUUCGCGAGCCCACCGAAUACGCCGCCGGCUACAUCCCCAACGCCAUUAACAUCCCGAUCAAGUCUCAACCCGACGCCAUGAUGCUCCCCGCCGACGAAUUUGAGGAUCGAUUCGGAUUCGAGAAACCCUCAGCCGAUAAAGAGGUGGUCUUCUACUGCAAGAGCGGGGUGAGGAGUAGCGCCGCCGCGCAACUAGCACAACAGCUUGGGUAUUCGAAGGUUGCGGAAUACAGAGGUAGUUGGCUCGAUUGGGAGAAGAAUGGGGGAGAGGCGAAGAGGCCGUAG